GAGCACCGGACUGGACCAGCCUGGAUCGGAUCCUUCAGUCGGAUGUGAGUCGCCGGCAGCAGGAUGGUCGGGACCAGGACGCCGUGACCAGCUCUGGACUUAACCCGACACGCAUGGAUGUCUGCGCGGGGCCGCGCACCGCCCUGACCCGCCCGCAGCACCGCGACAGGCUGCCUUUGCCCUGACAAAGCCGCUCAAGAUGAACAUGGUGAAAAGGAUCAUGGGGCGGCCGAGGCAGGAGGAGUGCAGCCCCCAGGACAACGCCCUCGGCCUGAUGCACCUGCGGCGCCUCUUCUCAGAGCUGUGCCACCCUCCUCGCCACAUGACCCAGAAGGAGCAGGAGGAGAAGCUCUACAUGAUGCUUCCGGUGUUUAACAGGGUGUUUGGGAAUGCUCCGCCCAGCAGCAUGAUGGAGAAGUUCGCCGACCUGCUGCAGUUCACCACCCAGGUGUCGCGGCUCAUGGUGACGGAGAUCAGGCGGAGAGCCUCCAAUAAGUCCACAGAGGCGGCCAGCCGAGCCAUCGUCCAGUUCCUGGAGGUGAAUCAGAGCGAGGAGGCGAGUCGCGGCUGGAUGCUUCUGACCACCAUUAACCUCCUGGCUUCUUCCGGACAGAAAACGGUGGACUGCAUGACCACCAUGUCCGUUCCCUCCACGCUGGUCAAAUGCCUCUACCUGUUCUUCGACCUGCCCCACAUGGCCGAGGCCCCCGGAGGCCCCGCCCCACAGCCGCCACCCCCGCCGCCACCGCCCAACCAGGAGAAGACCCCAGGCCAAGGACACCCCCAGCCGGAGCUGCCCCCGGCCGACCGCAGGGCGCUGCUCCAGAAAGUGUUUGUCCAGAUCCUGGUGAAGCUCUGCACCUUUGUGUCUCCGGCGGAGGAGCUGGCCCAGAAGGACGACCUGCAGCUGCUGUUCAGUGCCAUCACGUCCUGGUGCCCCCCCCACAACCUGCCCUGGAGGAGGAGCGCGGGGGAGGUGCUCACCACCAUCUCCAGACACGGCCUCAGCGUCAACGUGGUCAAAUACAUACACGAGAAGGAAUGCCUGGGCUCAUGUGUGCAAAACAUGCAGCAGUCGGACGAUCUGUCCCCGCUGGAGAUCGUGGAGAUGUUCGCCGGCCUCUCCUGCUUCCUCAAGGACUCCAGCGACGUGUCGCAGACCCUCCUGGACGAUUUCCGGAUGUGCCAGGGUUACUCCUUCCUCUGUGACCUCAUGCUCAGACUUGAACAGGCCAAAGAGGACGAACCAAAAGAUGCACUGAAGGACCUGGUAAACCUGGUCACCUGUCUGUCCACGUACGGGGUAACGGAGCUGAAGCCUGCCGGCCUGACGACCGGGGCCCCGUUCCUGCUCCCGGGGUUCGUCCUCCCACAACCAACAGGAAAAGGUCACACGGUGCGUAACAUUCAGGCCUUCGCAGUUCUCCAGAAUGCCUUCCUGCGAGCCAAAACGAGUCGUUUGGCCUGCAUGCUGCUGGACGCCAUCGGGAACAUCUACGCGGCGGAGCCGGCCAACUAUUUCAUCCUGGAGUCGCAGCACACCCUGUCGCAGUUCGCGGAUCGUGUGGCCAAACUGCCCGAGGCCCAAGUCAAGUACUUUGAGCUGCUGGAGUUCGUCGUCUUCAGCCUCAACUACGUGCCCUGUAAGGAGCUCUUCAGCGUCAGCGUCCUGCUCAAAUCCAGCACCUCUCAUGCCUGCAGCAGCACCGCCGUGCGGACGCUGCUGAAGCUGUCCAGGCACGACCCAGUGUUCAGCGACGUGCUGCGGGAGGUCGGCCUGUUGGAGGUGCUGGUCAACCUGCUGCACAAAUACGCUGCCUUGCUCAAAGACCCGGCAUCACAACAGCAACCACACAGUAACGACCAAGCUGACUGCAAAAACAACACGGUGGCGGAGGAGCAGAAGCAGUUGGCCUGGUUGGUGAUGGAGACGCUGACGGUGCUCCUGCAGGGCUCCAACACCACCAACACGAAUGCAGCUCUGUUCAGAGAGUUCGGUGGCGCUCGCUGCGUCCACAACAUCGUGAAGUACCGUCAGUGUCGCGAGCACGCCCUUCUCAUCAUCCAGCAGCUGGUCCUGUCGCCAAGCGGGGACGACGACAUGGGAACGCUGCUGGGCCUCAUGCACUCGGCUCCGUCCAGUGAACUGCAGCUGAAGACGGACAUAUUGAGGGCUCUGCUGGCAGUGCUGCGGGAGAGUCACCGCACUCGGACGGUGUUUCGGAAGGUGGGCGGCUUCGUCUACAUCACCUCCCUCCUGGUGGCCAUGGAGCGCUCGCUGUGCCAGCCGCCGCAGCACGGGUGGGAGCGGGUCAACCAGAACCAGGUCUUCGAGCUCCUGCACACAGUUUUCUCCACGCUCACGGCCGCCAUGCGCUACGAGCCAGCCAACUCGCACUUCUUCAGAACAGAGAUCCAGUACGAAAAGCUGGCGGACGCUGUGAGGCUGCUGGGUUGUUUCUCAGACACGAAGAAGCUGAGUCCCACGGGGGUGUUCCCCUCCAACGCUCAGCCUUUCCAGAGGCUGCUGGAGGACGAGGCUGCCCCCGGAGGCUGCGCGGGAGACAGCGUCUGCCCCACUCUCAAGCACUGCAGCAAGCUCUUCAUUUACCUGUACAAGAUGGCCACAGACUCCUAUGACAGUCGUGCAGAGCACCUCCCUCCCUGCCUGACUCACGAGACCUCGCUGCCCUCCCCCUGGGGGACGCCGGCGCUCGCCAGGAAGAGACAAGGCUACUACGGUACGUCGGGCCCCCCCGCCCCAGUCAAAGCCCUCACGGACCUCAAGCUGCAACUGGCCAACGCCUCCCUACCCUCCUCCUCCUCCUCGUCUUCAUCCGACAUGGUGGUCAUCCACCCGGGAGCCGUCCUGGCCAUGCUGGACCUGCUUCCCUCCGUGUCCUCCGACAGCCAGCCCGAGCACGCUCUGGAUCUCCAGCUGGCCGUGGCCAACAUCCUGCAGCUCCUGGUGAACAGCGACAGGAACCAGCAGGUUCUGUGUGAAGCCUUCCUGCACCAGCGGCUGCUGCUGCGCUGCGGUCAGGCCCUGGCGGACGAAGACCACCCGCUCCACCCGCCGCUGCAGAGGAUGUUCGAGAGGCUGGCCUCGCAGGCCCUGCAGCCCAUGGCCCUCAGGGAAUUCCUGCGCCUCGGAAACCCUCUGAACUGCGGCGCCUGGGACAAGAAGCUCCUGAAGCAGUACCGCGUCCACAAACCGAGCUCUCUGGGCUACGACGCAGACAUGAGAAACAGCAUGACCAUGUCCACCGAAGGCUUCGGCCCAGACAGCGUCUUCACCACGCCGGCCGAGGACAACGGCCAGUACCGAAUCAGCCGCAGCCUGGUGCGCUCCGCCGAGGGCAGCACCGUGCCCCUCACCCGAGUCAAGUGCCUGGUGUCCAUGACGACGCCCCAUGACAUCCGCCUGCACGGAUCCGCCGAUACUCCUGCUUUCGUGGAGUUCGACACCUCGCUGGAGGGUUUCGGGUGUCUGUUCCUGCCCAGCCUGGCCCCCCACAACGCCCCGACCAACAACACCAACGCCUCCGGGGUCAGCGACGGAGCCGUCCUGAGCGGGAUGGGGACAGGCGAGCGCUUGUUCCCGCCUCCGUCAGGCCUGAGCUACUCCACCUGGUUCUGCGUGGAGCGCUUCAGCUCGGCUCCCCAGGCCCACCCGGUGCGGCUGCUGACGGUCGUGCGUCGGGCCACGUCCUCGGAGCAGCACUUCGUCUGCCUGGCGGUGGUCCUGUCGGCCAAAGACCGCUCGCUCACCGUCUCCACCAAGGAGGAGCUCCUGCAGACCUACUCAGCGGAUGAGUCCAGCGAGGAAGCCUCCUUCUACGAGAUCCUGCCCUGCUGCGCCCGUUUCCGCUGUGGCGAGCUGAUCGUGGAGGGCCAGUGGCACCACCUGGUGCUGGUCAUGAGCAAAGGCAUGCUGAAGAACAGCAUGGCCACGCUGUACCUGGACGGUCAGCUCGUCAGCACCGUCAAGCUCCACUACAUCCACAGCGCCCCCGGAGGCUCCGGCUCCACCAACCCUCCCGUGGUGAGCACCGUGUACGGGUACGUGGGGACGCCACCCGCCCAGCGCCAAAUCUCCAACCUGGUGUGGCGUCUGGGACCCAGCAACUUCCUGGAGGAGGUGUUACCCGCCAGCAGCGUCGCCGCCAUCUUUGAGCUCGGUCCCAGCUACGCAGGAAGCUUUCAGGCCGUCUACUUGCCCUGUAAAGACUCCAAGACGGAGGUGGCUCCAGCCACGCCGGUGGCGUUGGUCCCAGAGGAGAAGGUUUCCGUCAGCCUCCACGCACUCUCCGUCUCCACGCUGACCGUGGCCAAAAUCAGGAAGGUCUACAACAAGCUGGACAGCAAAGCCAUCGCCAAACAGCUCGCCGUGUCCUCUCAUGAGAACGCCACUCCGGUCAAGCUGAUCCAUAACGCCGCCGGCCACCUGAACGGGCCGGCGCGGACCAUCGGAGCUGCUGUCGUUGGAUAUUUAGGGGUCCGUGCCUUCGUGCCCAAACCCGUUGCCACCAACCUGCAGUACGUGGGGGGCGCUGCUGCCAUCUUGGGCCUGGUUGCCAUGGCGUCAGACGUGGAGGGCCUCUAUGCGGCUGUCAAAGCUUUAGUGUGUGUGGUGAAGAGCAACCCGCUGGCCAGUAAGGAGAUGGAGCGCAUCAAAGGCUACCAGCUGCUGGCUAUGCUGCUGAAGAAGAAGCGCUCGCUGCUCAACAGCCACAUCCUCCACCUGACCUUCUCUCUGGUGGGGACGGUCGACAGCGGCCACGAGACCUCCAUCAUCCCCAACUCUACGGCCUUCCAGGACCUGCUGUGCGACUUUGAGGUCUGGCUCCACGCCCCGUACGAGCUCCACCUGUCUCUGUUUGAACAUUUCAUUGAGCUGCUGACAGAAUCCAGCGAAGCGGCGAAGAACGCCAAACUGUUGAGGGAUUUCCAGCUCAUCCCGAAGCUGCUGCUGACGCUGAGGGACACCUCGCUGUCGCAGCCCACUGUUGCCGCCAUCUGCAGCGUGCUCAGUCUGCUGCUGCAGGGCUUCCCCAACCCGUACGACCUGCUGCGGUUCGGCCAGUUCAUCUCCUCUACUCUGCCCACGUUUGCCGUUUGCGAGAAGUUUGUCGUCAUGGAAAUCAACAACGAGGAGAAGAUUGAUGGAGGUAAUGACGAGGACUUCGGCGGCCUGCUGUCUGCCAGCCUGAUCCUGCUGAGGAACCGACUCCUGGACAACCUGCUCCGGCUGCUCUUCACCACCAAGGAGAAGUGCUCCGUCAACGCCCAGGCGUGUGAGGAGCUGGUCCGGACGCUCGGCUUCGACUGGCUCCUGAUGUUCAUGGAGGAACAUCUCCACUCCAGCACGGUGACGGUGGCGCUGUGGAUCCUGGUGGUGCUGCUGUCCAACCAGCCCAUCCUCAACCGCUUCAAGGAGGGCCUGUGCGGAGGAGGCUGGCUGGAUCACACAGACUCUGUCCUGACCAAUAAGAUCGGCACCGUCCUGGGUUUCAACGUGGGUCGCAGCGCCGGCGGGCGCUCAACCGUCCGAGAGAUCAACCGCGACGCCUGCCACUUCCCAGGGUUCCCGGUCCUGCAGACGCUGCUGCCCAAGCACACCAACGUGCCGGAGCUGUACUUCCUGCUCAUGGCCCUGUUCCUGCAGCAGCCCGUCACCGAGCUGCCGGACAGCCUGCAGGUACAUUUUGACCUGGACUCCAUCUGGACGUUCAUCUUCGGCGUGCCGGCCUCCAGCGGGACGGUGGUGGGCUCCAUCCACAGCGUCUGCACCGAGGCUGCCUUCCUGCUGCUGGCCAUGCUGCGCAGCAUGCUCAAUCUGCCGUGGCAGUCGGAGGAGGAAGGUUCCUGGCUCAGGGAGUACCCGGUCACUCUCAUGCAGUUCUUUAGGUACCUGUACCACAAUGUGUCGGACCUCACGCCGAUGUGGCACAGCCCCGAGUUCCUCUGUGCCCUGGCGGCCACCGUCUUCCCCUUCAACAUCAGGCCGUACUCUGAGAUGGUGACUGAUUUGGACGACGAGGCGGGUUCCCCCACCGAAGAGUUCAAGGCCUUCGCCGGCGACUCAGGCAUGAACCGCAGCCAGUCCGAGUACUGCAACGUGGGCUCCAAGACGUCGCUGACCAACCACCCGGCCAAGAAGUACGUCUUUGACUUCAUGAGGGUGCUGAUCAUGGAGAACAUGUGCAUGACGCCGGCCAGCAAGCAGACGCCCAUCAUCGACAUGCUGCUGGAGGCCUCCCCCGAGCGCUCCACCAGAACUCAGCAGAAGGAGUUUCAGUCCAGCAUCCUGGACGGUGUCAUGGAGCAUCUUCUGGCAGCCGACGUCCUGUUAGGUGAGGACGCCUCUCUGCCGCUCAGCACCGGCGGCAGCUACCAGAUUCUGGUCAACAACGUCUUCUACUUCACCCAGCGGGUGGUGGACAAGCUCUGGCAGGGCAUGUUCAACAAGGACUCCAAGCUGGUGGUGGACUUCAUCGUGCAGCUCAUAGGACAGUCCAAGCGGCGCUCUCAGGGAAUCUCCCUGGACACCAUCUACCACUGCCUGAACCGGACCGUGCUCUACCAGCUCUGUCGACCCCACAAGACGGUGGCGCAGCAGGUGGCCCUGCUGGACGCCCUGCGGGUCCUGACCGUCAACCGCAACCUGGUGCUGGGGCCGGGCAACCACGACCAGGACUUCGUGGCGUGCCUGGCCCACUGCUUCAUCUGCCUGCACAGCGGGAGCAGCGUGGAGGGUUUCGGCCUGGAGGCGGAGGCCAGGAUGACGACGUGGCACGUCAUGAUGCCCGCGGAGAACGAGGCCGACGCCACGCACAGCCACGACGUCAGCGAGGGGCGGCAGCUGCUGCUGAAGGCGGUGAACCGCGUGUGGACGGAGCUGAUGCACAGCAAACGGCAGAUGCUGGAGGACAUCUUCAAGGUGUCUCUGCCCUGCAACGACCGGGGCCACGUGGACAUCGCCACGGCCCGGCCCGCUCUGGAGGAGCCGGCCCUGAAGAGCUGGCAGAGCCACCUGGUUCACGAGAAGAAGUGCAUCAGCCGCGGCGAGACGGUGGCGCCGGCGGCCCAGUCCAAGCUGUCCCGGGUCAGCAGUGGCUUCGGCCUGUCCAAGCUGACGGGCGUGCGCCGCAACAGGAAGGACACCAGCCUGAACAAGAACAGCCCGUCUGCACAGGAGACGUUCCAGUGGAUGUUCACGCACAUCGCCGUUGUCCGGGACCUGGUGGCCAUGCAGUACAAGGAGUAUCAGGAGCGGCAGCAGAACGCCCUCAAGUACGUGACGGAGGAGUGGGCGUCUAUCGAGUACGAGCUGCUGCGCGAGCGCGGCCUCUGGGGCCCCCCCAUCGGCUCCCACCUGGACAAGUUCGUGCUGGAGAUGACGGAGGGGCCGUGCCGCAUGAGGAAGAAGAUGGUCCGCAACGACAUGUUCUACAUCCACUACCCGUACAUCCCCGAGACGGAGCCCAGCACCAACCCGGCGCAGAAGCCUCUGCGCUACCGCCGCGCCAUCAGCUACGACAGCAAGGAGUACUACAUGCGCUUGCUGUCCGGGAAUCCCGGCAUGUACCAGCACUCGGUGGAGCACAACACGGAGGGCGAGACCACGCAGCACGAGCCCGAGCACGGGGAGGACACCAUUGCUCGGGUCAAAGGCCUGGUGAAGGCUCCUCUCAAGAGGUCCCGGUCCACGGCGGACGGUGCAGACGAGGACAGCCAGGAGCAGCUUCAGGAGCAGCUGCUGGACUCGGGAGGCCCUGAAGAGGAGCAGAGGACGGACAACACGUCGCUGCUGCGCCUCCUGGAGGAGGGCGAGAAGAUCCAGCACAUGUACCGCUGCGCCCGCGUGCAGGGUCUGGACACCAGCGAGGGCCUGCUGCUGUUCGGGAAGGAGCACUUCUACGUCAUCGACGGCUACACCAUGACCGUGUCCAGGGAGAUCAGGGACAUCGACACGCUGCCGCCCACUCUGCACGAGGCCAUUAUCCCGAGAGGAGCGAGGCAAGGCCAGAGCCAGCUGAAGAGAACCUGCAGCAUCUUCGCCUACGAGGACAUCAAGGAGGUCCACAAGAGGCGCUACCUGCUGCAGCCGAUGGCCGUUGAAGUCUUCUCCGCCGACGGCAGGAACUACCUGCUGGCCUUUCAGAAGGGCGUCAGGAACAAAGUCUACCAGAGGUUCCUGGCGGUGGUGCCGUCGCUGGCCGACAGCUCGGAGUCCGUCUCAGGACAGAGGCCCAACACCAGCGUGGAACAAGGAUCUGGACUCCUCAGCACGCUGGUUGGCGAGAAGUCAGUGACUCAGAGGUGGGAGCGAGGAGAGAUCAGUAACUUUCAGUACCUGAUGCAUCUGAACACGCUGGCGGGCCGCUCGUACAACGACCUCAUGCAGUAUCCCGUCUUCCCCUGGAUCCUGGCCGACUACGACGCCGAGGAGCUGGACCUGAACAACCCCAAGACCUUCCGUAACCUCGCCAAGCCGAUGGGCGCCCAGACCGACGACCGGCUGACGCAGUACAAGAAGAGAUACAAGGACUGGGAAGACCCCACCGGUGAAACUCCGGCGUACCACUACGGCACUCACUACUCGUCGGCCAUGAUCGUGGCCUCCUACCUGGUCCGGAUGGAGCCCUUCACGCAGAUCUUCCUCAGACUGCAGGGGGGGCACUUCGACCUGGCCGACCGCAUGUUCCACAGCAUUCGCGAAGCCUGGAACUCCGCCUCCAAACACAACAUGGCUGACGUCAAGGAGCUGAUCCCGGAGUUCUUCUACCUGCCGGAGUUCCUGCUCAACGCCAACAACUUCGACCUGGGCGCCAAGCAGAACGGCACCAAGUUGGCGGACGUGAUCCUCCCCCCCUGGGCCAAGGGCGACCCCAGAGAGUUCAUCAGAGUCCACCGAGAGGCGCUGGAGUGCGACUACGUGUCCGCCCACCUCCACGAAUGGAUCGACCUGAUCUUCGGCUACAAGCAGCAGGGCCCCCCCGCCGUGGAGGCGGUCAACGUCUUCCACCACCUGUUCUACGAGGGUCAGGUGGACAUCUACAACAUCAACGACCCGCUCAAGGAGACGGCCACCAUUGGCUUCAUCAACAACUUCGGACAAAUCCCCAAACAGCUGUUUAAGAAGCCCCACCCCCCCAAACGGGUACGCAGCAAAGCCAACGGCGAAGUCGUCAGUGUUCCUCCAAACUCCAACAGCGACAAGAUCUUCUUCCAUCAUCUGGACAAUCUCAGACCUUCGCUCGCGCCCGUCAAAGAACUGAAGGAGCCUGUGGGACAGAUCGUCUGCACCGACAAGGGCAUCCUCGCAGUGGAGCAGAACAAAGUCCUGGUCCCUCCCACCUGGAGCAGGACCUUCGCCUGGGGCUACGCCGACCUCAGCUGUCGCCUGGCCAACUACGACUCCGACAAGGCGCUGGUGGUGUACGAGUGUCUGUCGGAGUGGGGUCAGAUCCUCUGUGCCAUAUGUCCCAACCCGAAGCUCAUCAUCACCGGUGGAACCAGCACCUCCAUCUGCGUGUGGGAGACGGGAACCUCCAAGGAGAGGGUCAAGUCGCUGGCGCUCAAACAGGCGCUGCUGGGCCACACGGACGCCGUCACAUGCCUGACGGCGUCGUCAGCCUACCACAUAGUCGUGAGCGGCUCCCGGGAUCGGACCUGCAUCAUCUGGGACCUCAACAAGCUUUCCUUCGUCACGCAGCUCAGGGGCCACCGGGCUCCCAUCUCCGCUCUGUGCAUCAACGAACUGACGGGGGACAUCGUGUCGUGCGCGGGGACAUACAUCCACGUGUGGAGCAUCAAUGGCAGCCCCAUCGCCAGCGCCAACACCUUCACCGGCCGCAGCCAGCAGAUCCUCUGCUGCUGCGUGUCGGAGAUGAACGAGUGGGACACGCAGAACGUCAUCGUCACCGGCCACUCGGACGGCGUUGUCAGGUUUUGGAGGAUGGAGUUCCUCCAGGUCCCAGAAACCCCUGCUCCGGAGCCGCUCGAGCCCGACGUGUCCGACUGCUGUGGCGACGAGAAGAUCGAGGGCGGCGAGAGUCACAACGGCGAUGACGACAGCAGCGAGUCCGAAGGAGACGACCCCAGCCUGAGUCAGGAACCCCGACGGCCGCGCAACCCCUCGACCGGCGGGGGCAGCCAGCCGGGCAGCGCCGUCCACAGACCCAGAGGUCCUCCAGCCCGAGCGGGAGCGUCCUGGUCGAUGGACAGCGGCUCUGACGAUUCCCACCGCUGGUCCGACACCCUCAGCAUCGACGAGAAGGAUGGUUUCGUGUUCGUCAACUACUCCGAGGGCCAGACCAGGGCCGGCCACCUCCACCCGGUCCACGCAGGCCCGGGCUCUGCGUCCCAGCACCUGCAUCCUUCCGUCAUGGAGGCCCGCACCUACAACCAGCUGAGGGCCGGCCACAGAUGGGAGCGCCAGCUGGUCUUCCGGAGCAAGCUCACCAUGCACACGGCGUUUGACCGCAAGGACAACGCUCACCCCGCUGAGAUCACGUCCCUCGCCAUCUCCAAGGACCACAGCAAGAUCCUGGUGGGCGACGGGCGCGGCAGAGUGUUCAGCUGGUCGGUGAGCGACCAGCCGGGCCGCUCGGCGGCCGACCACUGGGUGAAGGACGAGCUGGUGGACAGCUGCUCCGGCUGCACGGUCCGCUUCUCGCUCACGGAGCGACGCCACCACUGCAGGAACUGCGGGCAGCUCUUCUGUCAGAAGUGCAGUCGCUUCCAGUCGGAGAUCAAGCGACUGAAGAUCUCGUCCCCGGUGCGGGUUUGUCAGAACUGUUACUACAACCUUCAGCACGAGCGCAGCAUCGACGACGGCUGCAGGAACUGAGCGCUCCGCCUCCACGCCGGCGCCGACGAGGAGCAUUUAAUUCCAUUCCCGCGGCGCCGCACACACGUGCGAGUCGGACCUCGCCGUCUCAUCCUCUCAAACGCCCAGAGGUGCUGCUCAAACGACGGAGACGAGACAGAAAUAGGAAGGAAAUAAAAAAAACAACCCGACUCAGUCACCACGCCGACCACCUGCACUCGUCACCUGGAGGGGAAACCCCGCCCAGCACGCCUCGACCAAUCACGCGCCAGUUUUUUGCUCACCAGGACGAUUAAACAUCAGAAAAAAACAAACUUGUAAAUAGUGUAAAUAUCUGCCAUGGCCUUUUUAACUCAAACACAACAAAGAUUAAGGUCAUUGAGAAAAAGAAAACAACUUGCCUGUAACUUAACGUCGUGACUAACCACUCCCGGCUUUAAAGCGAUAAAAUAACCACGUAUUCUGUGUCACGAGUCACGGCGAGUCCAGAGGACGUGAGACGGCGGGACGGAGGGACAUGAAUGUCAACAGUUUAUGUCUGUGGGUCAAGUUAUGCAAAAUCACCUUUUUCUUUCUUUCUAUUAAUCGUUUCAGGAUCAAUUUGCUGUUUACAGACAUGUGAGAUGUUUAGUGUGUCGGCCCGAAACCCUUCAUCAGAUGCUCUCUGUCCUGUGUUUGCCAAAAGGUUUGAAAGGUUCAUAUAUGAGCCGUUGAUCUGCUCUGCCCUCUCCGUGAACUCCCAUCUGGAGACCUUUGUUGCUGCUCUCUGAAGACUGGACGUUAUCAUUUCAGUUUUAUAUCACUCCUUUAUUUUGCUGAAAAUAGUAGGAAUUAGGUUAAAAACGUGUGUUUUAGCUUCCGCGCUGCCGUCACGGCGGUUUCCUCAGCGCAUGCCAGAAAAAAGGGACGUCUUUGUUUAUGUCGUUUGUCGUCGCCGCUCGAACCCAUGGCGGCAAACGUCGUGCACUUUAUUUCUCGUAGCCCGCGGCGACCCCCGGGGAUGUAAAUAAUCACUCGGACCAUGAAAUCACCACAUCGGACACAUCUGUCUGUCUUCGUUUAUAAAGGCGUUUUAAAUCCACUUCAUUGUUUCAUAUUUAUCAAGUUAACGUUUUUAAAUUGACGCCGUUUUCUCGCCAGUGAUAUUUCGCUCCAACAUAAUCUGGUGAUUUCCUCCUUCGGGAGGGACUUUUAUCCUUCCGGCGCCUCGUUUCUUUGCUUCUCUGAUGUUUUACUAAAAGCUGUCUGAAUGUAAAAUGAAUUAAAAUUAAACGUCUCCCCCGCGUCAUCCUGACGCCGGGAAACCAGCUGAGUUUUAAACCAUUAACUUCUGCGAGCGAUAACAGGCUUUGGCCCUCGAGGGAGGAGUUGUUAAACUAAUGAAUGUGGCAUCUUUUUAAACGUCCCGUCGUUCACGUUACACAAAUGUGUUGAUUGUGGUGUAGAAAUAUGACGACAUAGAAGCGAAAGAGUCGGCCACGGGUUCAGCCGGAGCCUCAUUAGAUGGAAACGCACCCAUCUGUCUUUAAAGCCGCUCGUGUCGUGAAGCUUUGGACCCGCUGCGAUGACGGGAACCACCGAUUUUGUCCCACUGGAGGUGCACGUGAAGGCGCUCGCCCCCGUGUGGUCAGAAGUGGUAUUACUACAUAGAGUGGCUUUGAGACUGCACGUUUUCUUUAAUUUUUCUCCCUCGCUCUCUCGUGUCGCCUUGUGUUUCUAUUUUUUGGGCAACAACCGUACACUCAAGUGCUGCUUUCUGCCUUCCCAUUCCUAUUGGUUCCCACAACAGAAGAAGGAGAAGACCCUCCCCAGAGGACUCUAAUGUCCCCCCCAUCCAUCAUUGAUGAUGACUCCUGCAAGUGUCCCUCUUAUAUCAUUCGGCAUUUCUGUACUGUAAUCGAGCGUGCAAUCAUGCCGUCUAGCUGAACGGGCCGAACCCGGCUUCUAUCAAUCAAGAGUUUUCUUUGCAUCUUGUACGAAAGAAAAAAAGAAAAAAAAAGUCCAGAAGAAUCAAGAGUUUUUAUUGAACGCGGGUUUACGUUGUCACUUCAGCAGAGAGCUGCAUUUCACUGCAGAUAAAUGAACUGUACAAAGUAUUUAUGCAACUAUAACUGGUUUUAGUUUUUUUUUUGUUUUUUGUUUUUUUUUUAAAGAUUAUUGCGAUUCCAGCAAGUUUCGUUACUUGUUGCAUGUUUAUUAACACAGCUGACUUUCUGUGUCAGUGCACAUGUACAUGUCCGCAGCGCUAGACUUUUGUUUGGUUCCCCGAGGAGGCCCCGCUCGACGAGUCGAUCCCCGCGACCGACUGGUCUGUGUACAGAGCCGCAAAGAUCACGACCCGAGCUCCGGGUGGACUUUUGUACUCUUUAUGGAAAAUAUUAAGGACGGAGAAAGGAGGAAAAAAAACGAAGAAGAAGAGAUGAAAUCCUGGCUUAUUUUGGUGGUCUUGUAUUAGACUGCGUUACUACAGUAUCUGGUGUGCAAUCUGUGAUAGCUGAAUGUUCCUUGUAUAUUUGUGUUCACUACAUCCUGCAAGAGAAAAAAAAAACCUGUAGGGUACCCCCCCCCCAUUACAAAAAAAAAAGUUACAAUAAUGCAAUAGAUCUGGUACUUAUUAUUUUUAAUUUCAUUUCAAUAAAUAAUUGCUGUU